GACCAGUCACAACCCGAGGUCUUCUCGCAUCAACACUAUGAGUGCCCCUAGCUCCCAUACUUGCGCAUCGCGUCAGGGCGCGACAGGAGGCAUAGACUGAUGAGCUACACGCUGCCAAACGCAAAGUUGAACGACUGUGGACGAUAUGACAAAUGGAAAGACCCACUGUGCGCCGUCCGCAGCUUGGAGGGAUCGCUGCGGAGUGGACGGUGCAUGUAGCGCACCACGCGAGGACGUCGAGUACAUUUUCGCGGAGGCGCUGUAUGUCUAUAUCGUGGUUGGACAUCGCCGAGGUCACAAUCGAGAGUCUUUGAGCUGUGCAGCGACACCACGAUCAACGCGAGAACUUGAGCAGCAGAUUGAGAAGGUCUCUCGACAAGGUCUGAGAUCUGAGGUCCUGGUGGGUACGACGGAAAAGACAGCCCAGAAUCGCCAAGCAAGUGAUCGACACGAAGCCGGCGAGGUGGUCGAAGCUGUCCGGGCGCGGGCGAACGCUCUUCCAGUCCAGGUUGACGAGAGCGAGGUACCACGUCGGCGAGGAACGUUGUCUGGGCACGCGCACGGAGGAUACCGCUCUGUGCGCGAACGGCCGUCUGGGGUCGCCGAAGGUGUGCGUGUGCUCCGGCUUGAAACACCGUUUGCUGUCCUGCGACACGACAAUACUUAUGCACGGCUUCUCGCGUGCGCGUCAGGAGGGUCUCUUGCGGGAGAUAGUGCCGCCCCUCGAAGUACGGUACAAGGCAGCACCUCGUGAGCUGCACUGGCUCGUCCUGGAGACUGUCGGCAACGAGAAAGAUGCCUCCCUCCGGGAAAUGCGGGUAAGCGGCACUGUUGUGAGUAGAAUAGGAGUCGGCGGGAUAGAUGGGUCGGCGAGAGUGCUGGAGAUAGUGCAGGCCAUGUGGUGUUUCUACGCCGCCGCGUCCCAGAGGAAUGCGUUCCACAAGUACCACUGUACCGGCAGUUCUGCUGGCGCGACGUGCGGGUAGGCCAACCUGUACCGGUGGUAUCCGACGAGGGGUAGGUGUCGGGACUCGGGAACAUGUAGUGCAUGGUCGCGGUCGUCGGACAACUUGAGUCGUCGGACAUGGUCACGG